AUGGAUUCCAGCCCUGCUGCACCCGACCUAACUUCAUCCUCCACCCCUCCAAUUCCAAGAAGACCUGCUGCAACCUUCACCCCACUGAGCCCCAAAAGCGGUUACGGCGGAGGCGAUAACGCAUCGACAUCAACAACCCAUGUCGGCAGCCCCCCUCCUGAUCUUGCCUUCCCAUCUAUAACAGUUGACGACGACGACGACAACGAGGACCUCGGCUACGACCAGAGCACCCCCCACCCCCCUCAAGUUGCAUCGGCACUUCUAGGCAGCCCUGGACUUCUUGCUCCCGCUGAUCUGAAACGCGGCUUGCUUCGAUCAGACACAGGAAUGCCAGCCAUGGCCGAAGACGACCCUCCCUCUGCUGGGGGCUCGACCGUCCCGAGCCCGUUCAACUUUCAGACGCAGGCCAUCUCGACCUCGCCUGUCAAGUCGAACAUUGGACAGCGCCGUGGUCAUCGAUACAAGCACAGUUCUAUUUCGACCCAACAUCAGAUCUUCCAGGAGCCGCCUCAGCGACCGCCGCCCGUUCUCCCUGCCUCCCUUCCUGUACCCACGGUUCGAGAAGCAUGGAAAAGCAUGUCCCGCGACCAGCGCGUCAGGCUUUACUGGAGUCUAUGCCAUCUGACCGUUGCGUCGUGGCUCUUCUUCAUCUCGGAAGGCUCUCUCGCCAUGAUGGCAUUGUCCCACCUCGUCUUCUUCGACGCUGGUAGUGCUGCCGUCUGUGUCGCUGUUGAUGUUCUUGGCAACUUCGAGGUCUGGCGCCGCAGCAGUAUUCGGCAUCCCUUCGGGCUUGAGAGAGCCGAGGUUCUCGCCGGCUUCGCCAUGUCCAUAUUCCUCUUGUUCGGCGGCUUCGACCUCGUGUCGCAUAAUCUCAAGCACUGGUUGGAGACCAAGGGUGGCCAUGAGCCGCACCAUGAGCAUAUCCACGAACGCGUUUCGGCGGGUGAAGUAGACUGGGCCGCCUUCGCCGCCAUCACUAGCACUGCUGUGUCAGCAUAUGGCCUUAAGAACCACGCACGUAUCGCUAGAAUCAUGCGUGUAUCAUGGCUGGCCAAGCUGCCCACGCACUUCUCCAACAUUUUUCACUUUUUGACCGUGUUCUUUUCGAGUCUACUUCUCCUUCUGCCGCUCCUGUCUAUCAAGAGCUAUAUCUGGCUUGACCGUACGCUUUGCGCUGCGAUCGCCGCUUCGAUGUUCCUCUUUGGCGCCAAGUUGGCUAUGGCACAAGCCAUGAUGCUGCUUAUGUCGUACGGCGGCAUUGGGGGCAACGAGGGCGUGUCAUCUGUGAUGCGGGAUAUUGAAGCCGAGCCGGGUGUCACGAGAAUCGAGGAUGCGCAGUUUUGGCAGGUGCACUACGGCCUGUGCAUGGCGAACCUUAAAAUCUCCGUGGCAAAAGGCUGCGACGAGGGUGCUAUCAGCAAGCUGCGAAGUCGUAUAUCUACCCUGAUCCAGAACAGACUCGGCGAAGGCUAUGGUCGUGGCACGAGCCUCAGAUGGGAGGUGACGCUGCAAACAAGCGUCGAUGCUGCUUUUUGA